AUGGAGAACCGCAGUAAACUGGAAAGCCUCACCCUGGACACAGUCAAACUGAAGAUCGAGCUGGACGGCAUCUGGGGAACCGCCCAUGAGAUGAAGGCAAGUAGGUCUCACUGCAUGCCUUCUCGUUGAGAGAAGUGCAUGUCUGCAUCCCAAAUGACACCCUAUUCCCUUUAUAGUACACAACUUUUGAUCAGGGUAAAUAGUGAUGCAUCCAAUGUGAUUUGUUUUUACAUGCUAGCUAUUCAUUGUCUGCUAAACAAAUUGUGAGAAGGUGAUUAUGAUUUCCUGUCAUACCUGUCACCUUUUGUCAUGCAGGUAUGAUUUUGAACAAGGUGUGAGGUAUCAGCUGGAAUCAGAAAUUGCCACCAUGAGGAGGGUACUGCAGAAUCUACGCUUAUAAAUAUCAGAUUUGAUUCAAUAUAAUUUCCUGUUCAAUUAGACAACAAUCGCUAUAACUAUGACUCUCCAUCAUGUAGGACAUUGACAUGGCCCACGAUCUCCACAUUGAACUAGAUGCGAAACACUCUAGCCUUAAAGAUGAGCUGGACUUUGUCAUCAAGACUCAGGACGAGGUAAUAGCCUAGAACAGUGUUUCCCAACCCUGGUCCUCGAGUACCCCCAACAGUACACAUUUGUAUUGUAACCUUGGACAAGUUCACCUGAUUCAACUUGUCAAUUAAUCAUCAAGCCCUCAAUGAGUUGAAUGAGGUGUGUUUGUCAAGGGCUACAACAAAACUGUGUACUGUUGGUGGUACUCAAGGACCAGGGUUGUGAAACACUGGCCUAGAAUACAUCACAGAGCACUGUAUGCGUGCAUGGGAUGCUUGUGUGUAGAUGUGUACAUCUCUACAUUCAUUGUGAGAUGGUGAGCAAGGCAAACUUCAGAGAGAACACUGAAGUUCUCUCUGUGAAAAGUAAAGUUAUUCUAUUGUAUUCUAUUAAACGACAUACAACUGUUUGAGACUGCACCAGAUUGUAGGAGUGUUGUGAUGUGAACUAUAAUGAGUGGUAUUGGCUGACAGAUGGUUUUACAGGAGCUGUUCAGUAUUCAGUCCAAACUGGGGACCUCGUCCACUGACACAUCAGUAUCUAUGAUUGAGGGGGACACGGUCAAGUCCUUUAACAUCGCUUCUGCCCUCAACAAGAUAAGAGCGGAGUAUGAGAAAUCAUUACAGCAUCACAGAGAGAAGGCAGAUGCCUACUACAAAAUCAAGGUACAGCUCACACAAAAUACAAAAUGCAAGUUGAUGGCGUUAGGCCUACUAAAUGUAAAUAUUACAUUUUAUUAUUGUAAUACAAGUUAGAUUUCUAAACAAUAUGAAUUAUAUUUGUUACUUAUUUCAAAGCCAUUGUAAUUUUAUGCUGUGAAAAUGCAAUACACUCUCUGCCCAAUAGGGGUCAGUAGAUAUGGGUGGAUGUCUCAUGGUGAAUGAGAUAGGCCUACUUUGAAAAUAUUUGGACAUGAGGAUGAUAUGUUUUUGGGGAGCAACACAAGGUAUAAAUCCUUUGAAAUCUGAGUAAUGCAAUUACUAGUGCAUGGUUUCCAAAGUUUGAAAAGCACACCAACUAGUUACUGAACAACUAGUUAUACUGUUGUCUUUUCACUCAGAAAAGGCCUAUAAACUACUCAAAGGGCAUUUGGCCUAUAGGAACAAGUGGGAGGAACACUUUGGCUUGAUCUAUUGAUCUUUUUAGAGUUGAAACUGUCACAGACACCACAAGCUUGUGUCCCCUGGUAAGACAGACGUUGUGUCCCAAAUGGCACCCUAUUCCCUACAUAGUGCACUACUUUUGACUAGAACCUAUAGGGAAUAGGGUGCCAUUUGGGACGCACAAUGGUGUGAUGAUGUGGUGACCAGCCAACCGUUACUCUCCUCUUGUUUUGAGUGAAACUCACCAAGCUGCAGAGCAGAGCAGUCUGCCCUGGGUUAACCCCCAGUUAGUGGUGUCUCUGGUGCAGACAAUGUGUGCAGUGUACCAUACUUCCUAAAGGCAGGGGAAGAAACAAACAACUGCCAGCCAGUUUGUUGUUGGAUUGAUGUUUUAUUAAAAUAACUGACAUGCAGACAAAUAUACAGUUGAAGUAUGAAAAUGUAUGCACUCACUAACUGUAAGUCGCCUAUGGAUAAGAGCGUCUGCUAAAUGACUAAAAUGUCAAAUGUAAAUGUAAGUCGGAUGUUUACAUACACCUUAGCCAAGUACAUUUCAACUCAGUUCUUCAUAAUUCCUGACAUUUAAUCCUAGUAAAGAUUCCCUGUCUUAGGUCAGUUAGGAUCACCACUUCAUUUUAAGAAUGUGAAAUGUCAGAAUAAUAGUAGAGAGAAUGAUUUAUUUCAGCUUUUAUUUAUUUCAUCACAUUCCCAGUGGGUCAGAAGUUUACAUACACUCAAUUAGUAUUUGGUAGCAUUGCCUUUAAAUUGUUUGACUUGGGUCUAAUGUUUCGGGUAGCCUUCCACAAGCUUCCCACAAUAAGUUGGGUGAAUUUUGGCCCAUUCCUCCUGACAGAGCUGGUGUAACUGAGUCAGGUUUGUAGGCCUCCUUGCUCGCACACGCUUUUUCAGUUCUGCCCACAAAUUUUCUAUAGGAUUGAGGUCAGGGCUUUGUGAUGGCCACUCCAAUACCUUGACUUUGUUGUCCUUAAGCCAUUUUGCCACAACUUUGGAAGUAUGCUUGGGGUCAUUGUCCAUUUGGAAGACCCAUUUGCGACCAAGCUUUAACUUCCUGACUGAUGUCUUGAUGUCUUGCUUCAAUAUAUCCACAUCAUUUUCCUUCCUCAUGAUGCCAUCUAUUUUGUGAAGUGCACCAGUCCCUCCUGCAGCAAAGCACCCCCACAGCAUGAUGCUGCCACCCCCGUUCUUCACGGUUGGGAUGGUGUUCUUCGGCUUGCAAGGACCCACCUUUUUCCUCCAAACAUAACGAUGGUCAUUAUGUCCAAACAGUUGUAUUUUUUUUUCAUCAGACCAGAGGACAUUUCUCCAAAAAGUACGAUCUUUGUCCCCAUGUGCAGUUGCAAACCAUAGUCUGGCUUUUUUAUGGCGGUUUUGGAGCAGUGGCUUCUUCCUUGCUGAGCGGCCUUUCAGGUUAUGUCGAUAUAGGACUAGUUUUACUGUGGAUAUAGAUACUUUUGUACCUGUUUCCUCCAGCACCUUCACAAGGUCCUUUGCUGUUGUUCUGGGAUUGAUUUGCACUUUUCGCACCAAACUACGUUCAUCUCUAGGAGACAGAACGUGUCUCCUUCCUGAGCGGUAUGACGGCUGCGUGGUCCCAUGGUGUUUAUACGUGCAUACUAUUGUUUGUACAGAUGAACGUGGUACCUUCAGGCGUUUGGAAAUUGCUCCCAAGGAUGAACCAGACUUGUGGAGGUCUACAAUUUUUUUUCUGAGGUCUUGGUUGAUUUCUUUUGAUUUUCCCAUGAUGUCAAGCAAAGAGGCACUGAGUUUGAAGGUAGGCCUUGAAAUACAUCCACAUGUACACCUCCAAUUGACUCAAAUGAUGUCAAUUAGCCUAUCAGAAGCUUCUAAAGCCAUUACAUAAUUUCCUGUAUUUUCCAAGCUGUUUAAAGGCACAGUCAACUUAGUGUAUGUAAACUUCUGACCCACUGGAAUUGUGAUACAGUGAAUUAUAAGUGAAAUAAUCUGUCUGUAAAUUACUUGUAUCAUGCACAAAGUAGAUGUCCUAACCGACUUGCCAAAACUAUAGUUUGUUAACAAGAAAUUUGUGGAGUGGUUGAAAAAUGAGUUUUAAUGACUCCAACCUAAGUGUAUGUAAACUUCCGACUUCAACUGUAGAUGUACAUACAGUCGUGGUCAAAAGUUUUGAGAAUGACACAAGUAUUGGUCUUCACAAAGUUUGCUGCUUCAGUGUUUUUAGAUAUUUUUGUCAGAUGUUACUGUGGUAUACUGAAGUAUAAUUACAAGCAUUCCAUAAGUGUCAAAGGCUUUUAUUGACAAUUACAUUAAGUUUAUGCAAAGAGUCAAUAUUUGCAGUGUUGACCCUUCUUUUUCAAGACCUCUGCAAUCCGCCCUGGCAUGCUGUUAAUUCACUUCUGGGCCACAUCCUGACUGAUGGCAGCCCAUUCUUGCAUAAUCAAUGCUUGGAGUUUGUCAGAAUUUGUGUGUUUUUGUUUGUCCACCCGCCUCUUGAGGAUUGACCACAAGUUCUCAAUGGGAUUAAGGUCUGGGGAGUUUCCUGGCCAUGGACCCAAAAUGUCGAUGUUUUGGUCCCCGAGCCACUUAGUUAUCACUUUUGCCUUAUGGCAAGGUGCUCCAUCAUGCUGGAAAAGGCAUUGGUCGUCACCAAACUGUUCUUGGAUGGUUGGGAGAAGUUGCUCUCGGAGGAUGUGUUGGUACCAUUCUUUAUUCAUGGCUGUGUUCUUAGGCAAAAUUGUGAGUGAGCCCACUCCCUUGGCUGAGAAGCAACCCCACACAUUGAAUGGUCUCAGGAUGCUUUACUGUUGGCAUGACACAGGACUGAGGGUAGCGCUCACCUUGUCUUCUCAGGACAAGCUUUUUUCCGGAUGCCCCAAACAAUCGGAAAGGUGAUUCAUCAGAGAAAAUGACUUUACCCCAGUCCUCAGCAGUCCAAUCCCAGUACCUUUUGCAGAAUAUCAGUCUGUCCCUGAUGUUUUUCCUGGAGAGAAGUGGCUUCCUCGCUGCCCUUUUUGACACCAGGCCAUCCUCCAAAAGUCUUCGCCUCACUGUGCAUGCAGAUGCAGUCACACCUGCCUGCUGCCAUUCCUGAGCAAGCUCUGCACUGGUGGUGCCCCGAUCCCGCAGCUGAAUCAACUUUAGGAGACUGUCCUGGCGCUUGCUGGACUUUCUUGGGCGCCCUGACGCCUUCUUCACAACAAUUGAACCUCUCUCCUUGAAGUUCUUGAUGAUUCGAUAAAUGGUUGAUUUAGGUGCAAUCUUACCAGCAGCAAUAUCCUUGCCUGUGAAGCCCUUUUUGUGCAAAGCAAUGAUGACGGCACGUGUUUCCUUGCAGGUAACCAUGGUUAACAGAGGAAGAACAAUGGUUUCAAGCACCACCCUCCUUUUAAAGCUUCCAGUCUGUUAUUCAAACUCAAUCGGCAUGACAGAGUGAUCUCCAGCCUUGUCCUCGUCAACACUUUCACCUGUGUUAACGAGAGAAUCACUGACAUGAUGUCAGCUGGUCCUUUUGUGGCAGGGCUGAAAUGCAGUGGAAAUGUUUUUUGGGGGAUUAAGUUCAUUUUCAUGGCAAAGAGGGACUUUGCAAUUAAUUGCAAUUCAUCUGAUCACUCUUCAUUACAUUCUGGAGUAUAUGCAAAUUGCCAUUAUAAAAACUGAGGCAGCAGACUUUGUGAAAAUUAAUAUUCUCAAUCUCAAUAUUCUCAUUCUCAAAACUUUUGACCACGACUGUACAUGCAUACUUACAGACACUCACUCCUUCUUUCUCAUGCAAACAUGUAUAUGCAUGUUUCAACUCUGAAAUUGACUCGCAUCAAGAAUCCUGCAGCUCAUAUAAAGAAUACACUGAAUGAUGUUCUCAGAGUGUGUAUGACACAGUAGCUAAUGCCCCGUGCUGCUCUGUCUCUGUCUGCAGAUGGAGGAGGUCCAGGCUACCAAUGCCACCAGCUCUGAGGCCCUCACCACCUCCAAGGCAGAGAUCUCUGCCUCCAGGAAAGAACUGCAGGCCCCCAGUCUGGUUCUGCAGAGUUUGGUCAACAUGGUGAGUCGGGUCUGUGUGUGUGAUUACACCAUCUCAAUCUAUUGUACCAAUACCAUCUCGUAUGUGAAUAGAACUCUUCACUGGCCUUAGAGCGAUAUCUAUAGUCAUAGUGAAAUUGUUCAUGAAACCAUGUAUGUCAGUCAGUGAUGCUGUGACAGCGCCACGAUGCAGCUGGCAAGCUGAUGAGUAUCAGAGUUUGAUAUAAAUCAGUGCUAACAGUCACACAGGAUGUGGUUGCUAUGAUGUCUCGCAAUGCCAAACUCCCUUACUACACAAAAAGCAAGACUGCUUCCCAGAAGACACUGGGGCAACUGUUUAAAGGUAGGGGACUAAAGGGGGUUUGCCAAGGCACCAACGGGAUUGUUUUCUUUUGACCUCAAAAUCAGUCUGCUGUAUUGUGUUUUUCUUUAGACAUUUUAAGUGGAGGUCCUGUUUAUGGGAAAUGGGGUGCAUUGACUGACACUUUUAUUUUGAAAGACACACUUUUGAUGACAGGGUGAUGGUGAUUAUGUUGUCCCAGUUAAACAAUGAGCUAGCUAAAAUGAGCUAGUUAGUUAGUUAGUUAGUUAACAGAUCCUCCUCCUCCUCCCUUCUCUCUGUAGAACAUGUCCCUGGAGCGUAGCUUUGCCGAGGCUCAUGCUCAGUCCAGUGGGGGCGUGGCGGAGUACCAGGCCCAGAUCAGGAGCCUGGAGGGGGCCAUCGAGGUGGCCAAGGUGGACCUGCACAAGCAGAUCCUCAGCUAGCAGGAGCCGCUGGACGCCAAGCUGGCCCUGGAUGCGGAGAUCACCACCUACCGGACACUUCUGGACUGGGAUGACCUCAGGUUAGAGUGCUGA